AUGAAGAGUUCAAUCCUGGUCAACACCCUCUUGGGACUGGCUUUAGGAGUAUCUGCCGCCCCCCGCCGAACCUGGAAUGUCCAUUCCGGGCCAAACAAUUACAAGGCAGGCUCCGUUCGACGACGAGCUAUCGAGGAGAGAGCUGAAACAUGCCCUGUCCCAGUCGACAACAUCAUCACGGCUCCCAAGACGACGCCUUUCAAGCCUCUGACUGAAGAUGAGCUGUCAUCAUUGGUCAAGUUCCUUCUGAAUGAGGAAACCGGACUCAACUUGACGGAUUCGGCCAGCCCAGACCUUUCCAUGAGUGACAACUACAUUUCUCAUCUUGAGGUCUUGAAGCCCAACAAAACCGACAUCCUCAACUAUCUCGAUGGCAACGCCACCAAGGUCCCCCGAUACGCCAGAGUGACGCUCUAUGAAGGCGCUGCAAAGGUCCCUGGCAUUGUUGACUACAUGGUGGGCCCUUUCCCUAUUGGAUGCGACACCAAGAUCAAGACCCUUGACUACUUCUACAAUGGUGUCAACGGCCCCAAGGUCCUUGUAAAUGCUGGGUACAAUGACGGUCCCCGCAGUGCUGCCAUUGACACCAUUGUUGGCAAGACCAUGGCCAGCAUUGCCGACAUUACCCUGGAUUUGAUUGACUUUGCCUACUAUGGCUCGGGCGACAAGAGGAACAAUGCAACCUACUUUGUUCAGAACCCGAGCUCCAAGGAUGGCACUUCCUCUCUCAUCUGGACACCAUGGCGACGUACAGGACUCGCACCAUAUGACCAACCCUCGGAUCUCUACGUGAGCUUUGAUGUGACUGGAACUGACCCGUCUUUGUACUCGGCAAAGAUGGUCCUCUACAACUUGGUUGUAUACGAGACUGUCGAUGCUUUCCGAAAGGCUUACGAAGAGGGCAAGAUUAUCAAAUCAACACCCCCCACCACCAACACAACUUUCCUGCACAAGGAUCGUUUCGGUGCCGUCAGAAAGCUUGAGGACCGCCUCGCCCCAACAGUUCUUGAGCUGGAUGGCAAGAGAUACUCCGUUGACAACGACAACAGCUACGUCGAGUACCUUGGCUGGAAGUUCUACACUCGCUUCGAUCGAGAUGUUGGCAUCCAAUUCUACGACAUCAAGUUCAAGGAUGAGCGAAUCAUGUACGAGCUCUCACUUCAAGAUGCCAUCGCCCAAUACUCCGGAAACAACCCUUUCCAAGCCGGCACUGCCUACAUGGAUCGAUUCUACGGCAUCGGCGCUCAGGCAAGCCGCUUAAUUCCUGGCUAUGACUGCCCGUAUCAUGCCACCUACUGGAGCCCCAGCUUCACUGACGGCACUUCGACCACGAACUUCAACAACACCAUCUGCAUCUUCGAGACUGACAUUGGGACCCCUAUCACUCGUCACGUCGACCAGAGCUACGUCCAGGCUACCAAGGGAUCCAAGCUCGUCGUGCGCCAGGUCGCUACCGUUGGUAACUACGACUACCUGUGGGAUUACUCCUUCUAUGUUGACGGCACAGUUUCCGUUGACGCUCAUGCUUCUGGCUACGUCCAGGGUAACUACUACCGCCCAGACGACGAAGGCAAAUGGGGCCCUCGCAUUGCCGAGACCAUUGCUGGAACUCUCCACACCCACGUUAUGAACUUCAAGGUCGACUUCGACUUGCUCGGCACUGACAACACCUUCUUGAAGACCGAAAUCGUGGUCAAGAACGUGACCCAGCCCUGGUUCCCGGAGCACGGCGAGUUCGAGAUGAUGGGAUACGAGUUUACCGAGCUUCAGACUGAGGACGAAGGCCUCCUUGGCGUUCCCGCAAAUGGACAGACCAUGUACACCGUCAUCAACAAGGACAAGGUGAACAAGUGGGGAGUGCCUCGUGGUUACCGCAUCGUCCCAGGUCUUUCCAACGUCCACCUCGCGUCCAUGAAGUCUCCCUUCUUCCUCAAGUCGGCCGAGUUCGCGAAGCAAGCCUUUGCCGUCUCGCGCCAGAAGGACUCGGAGCAUUCGUCGUCGGCCGCACUAAACCAGAACGCCCCCGCUGCGCCGCUGGUUGAGUUUUGGAAGUUCUUCGACGGCGAGCCUCUGGUUCAGGAGGAUCUGGUUGUUUGGGCCAACCUAGGCAUGCACCACUACACGCGAUCCGAGGAUAUUCCCAACACCAUCAUGCUGGAGGCGCACUCCAACAUCAUGUUCGCUCCCCAGAACUGGGGUGAUACUGAGGGCACCGUUGAUCUGACCAACGCGGUUAUUUACAACGAGGAUAAUGUCAACAGUGAUGGAAUUGUUGAGCCUGAGACCAAUGGUGUUUCGCCACCUGAUUGCCUUGUCCUCUCUCCUGAGGAUGAGCUCCUUGGAGUUUUCGAGACUUAG